AUGCCUUCAUUUAUAGAUGAACUGCCGCCUCUUCCUGAUGGUUAUCAUAUUCGAAAAAUAUGUUCCGAUGACUAUGGUAGAGGUGCGUUAGAAGUCCUCAAAGCUCUCACCACUGUGGGUGAAAUAACUAAUAAGGAAUUUGAGCACACCAUAGAAACGUGGGCCAGGCACCCGGAGAUAUAUCAUACUUUAGUGAUAUUGGAUUUAAGCGAAACGGUAGUGGCCAUUGGCAGCGUUAUAGUGGAGUCGAAAUUGAUCCACCAUUGCGGAAAGGUUGGUCAUAUAGAGGAUAUCGCAGUGAGACCAAAUCAACAGGGUAAAAAGUUGGGAUGUACUCUAAUUCGUCAUCUUAUAAAAAUUGCCGGCAGCUUGGACUGUUAUAAGGUAAUUCUUGAUUGCGAUCCGGCCAACGAGAUGUUCUACGCAAAAUGUGGGCUUUCCAAAGCUGGCACAGAGAUGCAAUUCAGGUUUUAA